AUGGAGAUAAAGUUACAUGUAGAGAUCAUCUCCCAAAUACUCAAGGAGGCGUGGAAUCACUCGACGGCCGCACAUAGAUCGACAUCAUUAGUAGGUUGGCCCGACUUUAGAUGGGCACUGUCUCUCGGUAUCAACAAGCGAGCAUUCAAUCAGGUAAGAUGCAUGAACACAGGUCUGGUGCUCCGAGGCAAUGACGGCUUGCAAAGCCUCAUUAACUACCUGCUUGAUGAUCGUCACCUAUCACCGUUCUCUCUGCUGCCGACCUCCCUCACGCACCUGAAGAUAAUUGGUCUGGACUGGAGGAACAGCGCCACCGAUGCCAAUCAGAUCCUCCGCUCGGACGACCCCGUCGGCUAUGUCCUUCUGCAUGAGAGAUUUCAAAUGAUGGUCAAAGAUGCUGGCUCACUCGUUGCCUGCAGGCUCUGCCAUCCAAUGCUCGCAGUGCUCCUUACAAGAUUGGCUGUCAUUCACUUAACGAGCUUGAGAUAUGCAUGGGCGACAACAUUCAAGAAGAUGUCAUGGACAGGCUCCCCUCGCAAGAGUUUGGGACGAUGUUCCCUCUGCAUCGCUUAA